GUUGAUUUAGUUUUCAUUGCAGGGAAAAAUUGUCAAACAGUCAUGUCUGGAACCGAAAUCUGCAAUAUGGCUUUUCAAGGAGACGUAGUAGGGCUGAAACGGAAAUAUACCGAGGAUCCGAAGGUGUUGAACAAAAAGGACGAGUCUGGCAGAAAACCGAUUCAUUGGGCAACGAGUGGAGGACAUGCGGAUCUUGUUGAUUUUCUCAUUCAACAAGGAUCACUUACGGAUGAACCAGAUGAUAUUAUUGACGUGCUGCUGUCAAAUGGAGCGGAUCCGAAUCUUCAGGACAAGAAAGGGUCAUCAGCUUUACAUCGCGCUGCUGCCCAGGGGCAUAAUGAUUCCUUGAAAAUGUUGGUUGGGCUGAGUAAAACUUUGAGAGUCGACGUGCAGGAUCGUUGGGGAAAUACUCCAUUACAUUUGGCGUGUGAAGAAGGUCGAGAUGCUGCUGCACUUCUGCUUGUUGAACACGGUGCGAAGCUUAGAAUAGAGAACAAGGAUGAGAAUACUCCCUUGGAUUUUGCGUCUCCGAUACUUCGUCGUAGACUAGAAGAGUACGAAAAAUGACGUGGAAAUGCAUCCGAACAGAUAUAAUGAUGUGCUGUUUGUUUCAAUGAUUGUUCCCCUUUUUUGCGUUGAAAAAUAUAUGGUAUCGUAACAUAA